ACGGUGUGGGUUCUUGUAGCGGGAGGGGUGGGAGUCCCCCAGAGUUAAGUAGCUGUCGUCCGCUGUGCCCGUACAGCCGCCAGCUUGGUUUUUCUUCUUUUUCUACCUCCCGUUCAAAGAGUGCGAGUAUGUCGAAGCGGCACCGGCUGGACCUGGGGGAGGAUUACCCCUCCGGCAAGAAGCGUGCGGGGACCGAUGGGAAAGAUCGGGAUCGUGACCGGGAUCGUGAAGAUCGGUCUAAAGAUCGGGACCGAGAACGUGAUAGAGGAGAUAGAGAGCGGGAGAGGGAAAAAGAAAAGGAGAAAGAAUUGCGAGCUUCAACUAAUGCUAUGCUUAUCAGUGCUGGAUUACCACCUUUAAAAGCUUCCCAUUCAGCUCACUCAACUCACUCUGCUCAUUCAACACAUUCUACACAUUCUGCUCAUUCAACACACACCGGACAUGCAGGACACACAUCACUUCCACAGUGCAUUAAUCCAUUCACCAAUUUACCCCACACUCCUCGCUAUUACGAUAUUCUGAAGAAACGGCUUCAACUCCCUGUUUGGGAAUACAAGGAUAGGUUUACAGAUAUUCUGGUUAGACAUCAGUCAUUUGUAUUGGUUGGCGAGACCGGGUCUGGUAAGACAACACAGAUUCCACAGUGGUGCUUGGAGUACAUGCAUUCAUUACCUGGACCCAAGAGAGGAGUUGCCUGUACCCAGCCCAGGAGAGUGGCUGCAAUGAGUGUGGCUCAGAGAGUUGCUGAUGAAAUGGAUGUGAUGUUGGGACAGGAGGUUGGUUACUCCAUUCGAUUUGAAGACUGCAGUAGUGCAAAAACUAUUCUUAAGUAUAUGACUGAUGGGAUGUUACUUCGUGAAGCUAUGAAUGAUCCCCUCCUGGAGCGUUACGGUGUAAUAAUUCUUGAUGAGGCUCAUGAAAGAACAUUGGCUACAGAUAUCCUCAUGGGUGUUUUGAAGGAAGUUGUAAGGCAGAGAUCUGAUUUAAAGGUUAUAGUUAUGAGUGCUACUCUAGAUGCAGGAAAGUUCCAGAUUUACUUUGAUAACUGUCCCCUCUUAACUAUUCCUGGACUAACACAUCCUGUUGAGAUCUUUUAUACUCCAGAACCAGAGAGAGAUUAUCUCGAAGCAGCAAUUCGAACAGUGAUCCAGAUACAUAUGUGUGAAGAGGAAGAAGGAGAUCUCCUGCUUUUCCUAACUGGUCAAGAGGAAAUUGAUGAGGCCUGUAAGAGAAUAAAGCGUGAGGUUGAUGAUUUGGGUCCUGAAGUUGGUGACAUUAAAAUCAUUCCACUGUACUCCACGCUUCCGCCGCAGCAGCAGCAGCGCAUCUUCGAGCCUCCACCUCCCAAAAAGCAGAAUGGAGCCAUUGGAAGAAAGGACUUCAUCUUCAUUGCUAAGCUUCUGGAAGGAGAUCUUGGUAUGUUGGUGUUUCUGCAACUACUGCUCCUGUGCCUUCCUUUGGCUUGUUUCGCAGGCUGCUGUUCCCAGACAUGA